CUCACUUUUCCGUAAAACAUCGUUGAAGAAUGACUAAUUUGCCAGUUUUAAGUAUUUACUCAAUGCCUAGCUAAUUACACAUCGCAAACAAACACGCAGAAGUUAAGUUAACGUUGGAGACGCGAGCGGCAAUUGCGAAUCAGCCAAGAUGAAGAGGCAGUUUGCGAAAAUCAAAAUAGCAGCCGAAAAUCUGUCAAGAUCCACCAAAUCGGACUGCAAGGACUCCGAGCUGGAGACGAUCGAGCGGCAGGUGGACAGAUAUCGGGACACCAUCGAGAAGAUCGUCCGAAAGCUGCCGGCGCUGAGCGGAGGCGGAGGCGGAGGCGGGAGCACCGAGGAGCAGGACAAACGGACCAAGAAGAACAGCCACUACAAGAUCGCCCAGGCGCUGGACGAGUCCGCCAAGGAGCUGCCCAAGGACAUGCCGCUGCAGAAGGUCCUCGCCAAUUGCGGAGAGCUGGAGAAGACGAUGGCCGAGUGCAUUAUCGAGAGCGAACUGGAGACGGAGACCAAGGUGGUGAGGCGGCUGAAGAACAUCUUGGACAAGGAGAUCCAGGAGAUCUCGACGCUCAAGCGCAACGUAUCGCGCACUCUGCAGGAGUACACCUCGCUGAAGCGCAGUCAUGAGGCGGCAAUACGGCUGGAGGAGCCAGCGGCCAAGGUGAAUCACAUCAAGAGCCAGCAGGAGGAGUGCGAGCUGAAGCUGGAGAAGGAACGGGAUGCCUGGGCGGCCCAGAUGCUGGAACUGAUUGCCAAAGAGGACGAGAUCGUUAGCUGCAUCCGCGACUAUGUACUCAACCAAAGAAACUAUCACGAGCGGGCCCUGCAGCACGUGAACGCCUCGCUGGCUCGCAUUCAGGACACGAUCCAGGGCACCGAGAAGUCCCGCUUUGGCACCUCGCUCAAGGAGCACCUGACAUCCACCAACCGCGAGAUCUCCUACAUCGUGGAGUUGUGCUGCUGCUGCCUGCUGGAGCAUGGCCUGGAGGAGGAAGGUUUGCUGCGGGUGGGCUGCGCGAGCACCAAGCUACGCCGCAUGAAGCACGCCCUGGAGGCGCAGCACGUAAAGACGCCGCUACCGCUGGACUACCAGGAUCCCCAUGUCAUUGGUUCCAUACUCAAGCUCUACCUGCGCGAGCUGCCCGAGCCACUGCUCACUUACGGCCUGUACAAGGACUUCAUUCGGAUCGCCGAACGACACAGCGAGGCAGAGCGCAAGACGGAGAUCAAGGCCAUUCUGAGCAAGCUGCCAAAGGAGAACUACGCCAACCUGCGCUACCUCACCCGAUUCCUGGCCCAUGUGCAGCAGCGCUCAGUGCACAAUAAGAUGAGCUCCCAGAACCUGGCCAUCGUAAUGUCGCCGAACAUGCUUUGGCCACGCAUCGACAAGAGCAGCAAUGCCCCAGCCGAUUACAUUGGCCAGGUGAACAGCUCCUCAGCAGCGAACAUCAUUGUGGAGCUCCUUAUUAGCCAGUGGGACUACUUCUUCAGCGGCGAAGUCGAGUUCUAUUUGACCCUGCAGAAGCAGAAGCUUUUCGUCGAGGGCAAGAGCAAAUCCAACUCGUCGAACGAGAAUUUGGACCGAAACGAUAGUGAAGUUUUGGAGAGUCCCCGCUAUGGAACCUUACGCAGGCAGAAAGCUAAUGCACCUUCGCCGCCCACAACUAAUGGAAACGGGACCAGUAUGACAACAUCACAGACUUCGCACCGACCCCAUGCGAAGGAGCUGUUCCCCCAGCAGUCGCCGGCGCAGCAGGAGAAGCCCGUCAAGCCGCCGCUUCCGAACUUGCCGCAGUUUCAAUCACCAGCCGCCAGCCAGCCGACGCAGACGCAGCUGGAACCACUGCCCCCGCCUCCAGUAACACCCGCCAAGCCCGUUCCGAUGACGAGGACGCAGUUCUUCGGGCUGGACAACCUGCCCUCUCCAACGGCCGAUCGCAAGAGCACGGAUAGCAUCGGCAGCUUCAAGCUAAAGCCAGAUGUACCCCAGAAGCCGCUGCUGCCCAAGCGACCGAAUGUGCUAGGCGUGGGAGCGCCCAAGGUGGAUGGAAAAAGCGACGACGAGGGCGGUACGACUCCCACCCAGGCGACAAUCGAUAAUGGCAAUGGCAGCGUUCGAUUCAAAACGGAACAUUUUCUCGACAAGCUGCGUCAGGAGAAUAGUGAAACGAACGGAACGCGGGAGGAGCCGCCAACGGUCAAGGAGAGCAAUCACAACCACGAUCAGCCGCCAACGGCUGCAGAGCAAAAACCGGAGCAGCAAGCGCAGCCCCAAGCCACGACACCCAUUUCCCCGAACUCAUUUCAAACGCCCAAGAGGCCAACGGUGCCAGCGCCGCCACCUCCCACAAACAGAAAGCCCUCGGAUUAGAGUGGGAAGUGAAGCCGUGCAGUGAAAAGGGAGUCAGAGUCAUUAGGUGUUACAGUUUACUCGUUAAGACUUGAACGCACAGUAAUAUAUAUAAUUGAAAUGAUCCUUGCGGUAGGGAGACAUUGUGCAUUAUAGAGAGAAGAGCCUCUGCAUUUGUAUUUUUGCCUUGUUCUUAAGCAAUCUAAUUUGUACGUGUUUAGCCAUAUAACAAUAUCAAGCGGUAUCCAUUUA